AUUAUUGUUAUAUUUCAUUAUAAGUAUAUUCCGAAAAUGCUGCUUGCAAGUUGGAAAAGUCAUUAUAUUAGGCACCAUAAAAAUUAAACGUCUUAAUAGGUAUUUCUAAAUACAUUUUCUCUCUUAAAAGUUAAGUUCACCUUUAUAAAAGUAAGAGCACGGCCGUUAAGAGCGAGCUAUAAAGAGCUUUUAUUCGGUGAAACAUUUUGUGGGGUCAGUAAGUACUUGAAAGGCAUAAGUAUCAGACGCUAGCGCAUCUAAACAAAGAUACUAUCAUGGCAGACCAAACAACACCGAAGUGGGUGAACCAAGAGCUUUUCAAUGGGUUAUUGGAACAAAAUAACAAGAAUUUCAAGGCGAUACUAACAUUUGUUCCCACAUCGGCGAUUAGUAAGGGCGAGAAUUAUUUGACGAUCGUGCUACGUAUACAAAUUCAAAUGCAGCUAAAAAAUGACAGCACAGAAGAUGUCAGCUUCAUAUUAAAGAUUCCUCUGGUUCCGGAUGAUCAGGAAAACGAUUUCCACGAUAUGUUCGAUACCGAACUAAAUAUGUACGACCAUCUGAUACCAGAAUUGGAGGACCUAUAUGCCAAGAACACUUCCCUGUCACCGAGAUUCAAGCCGCUGCAUUUUAAGUUUCCUGGGACUCCGGUUAAAAGCGACUACAUUUUGUUGGAGGAUCUGCGAAAUAGGGGAUACAGAAAUGCUGACAGAAUUCAGGGCUUGGAGCAGUUCGAAGUGGAGGCAGUGCUUAAGAAGUUGGCCCAGUGGCAUGCAGCCUCUGCAAAACGAGUCGUUGAGCUGGGAGAGUACGAGCAGGGUAUCCGCGAGAGUUACUUCACGACCGAACACCAGAAAUUGUUGGAUGAAUUCAACAUCAAUUUCUGUAUGCCAUUCUUGGAGUGCAUGCAGCAAUAUAAUCUGAAUCCAGGACAACUGGUUCUAAUAAGCGACUACACAUCGCGUUUGACGGAUCUGAAUAUAGAGUUUGGUAGAAAUGAUUCUAUGGAGUUGAGUGUCCUAAACCAUGGAGACUUUUGGUGCAACAACUUUAUGUUCAAGUACAAAGAUGGUUCAGAGAUUGAAGAUGUUUGUUUCGUUGAUUUUCAGCUGCCUAAAUUUGGCACACCAGCCCAAGAUCUUCUGUGUCUGCUGAUGACCUCCCCCAAGUUCUCGAUCAAACUGAAUAAGUUCGAUCAUUUCAUAGAGUAUUAUCACCAGCAGCUCGUCCAUCAUCUCGGUCUGCUCAACUACAAUAGGAAUGCUCCCACACUGGCUCAACUUCACACCCAUCUGCACAGAUAUAGUCUCUGGGCUUUUAUAUGUGCUCAGCGUAUGCUGCCUAUAGUGCUGCUCCCGCCCGAUGACGAUUCGAAUAUAGGCAAUAUGAUGGGAAACUCGGAGGAGGCAAUAGCAUUCAAGCGUAAGAUGUUUCUCCUGCCGGCUUAUGUGGAUCAGAUCAAGGUCAUAUUGCCUUGGCUCAUUAACCGUGGUUACAUAAGAUAAAC